CACGAAGACGAGCGGGAGUGACUUCGAGUUCUCCUCGCUGGUGGGCGACACCCGGGCUAACCUCCCCGCCCCACCAGCCCGACCAAUCCCCGCGACUGAGGGAAGGGAACCGGAGCCGCCCCUGUUUGACAUUCCGAUCUCGACACACUUGGAUUUAGGCUGGAGAAAAACGAAGUCCGCGGCCUACAGAGUUGCCCCAGCGAAGGGAGUGACAAGAGACCGCCUGUGUGGCUGAAGCUUCCCCCAAUAGGCGUCCAAGCUGCCUCCUCGCCCCGGACCCUCCCACCCCAGCUGUCCCUUCGGGGAAUAAAAGGCUCGGAGUUGAAUUGACGCGCUCUCUGUGCCUCUUGCUCGGAGGCUGCCUUGUUGUCGCGGCGCCAAAGCAAGGCUAGUGCAGCGUCUGCUUGGAUCAAAACGGUAAAUCAUGGCCCCUAUUGGAGGAAUCUCGAAGACCAAGAAGGGUAUUCUAGAACGUCUAGAUGCUGGAGAAAUUGUCAUUGGGGAUGGAGGAUUUGUAAUUGCUCUCGAAAAGAGGGGUUAUGUGAAAGCUGGACCUUGGACUCCAGAAGCUGCGGUAGAACACCCAGAAGCAGUUCGUCAACUGCAUCGAGAAUUCCUCAGAGCUGGAUCAAAUGUUCUACAGACAUUCACCUUUUAUGCCAGUGAGGACAAGUUGGAGAACAGGGGAAACUAUGUAGCUGAUAAAUUUUCUGGCCAGAAAGUGAAUGAAGCUGCUUGUGACAUUGCAAAAGAAGUGGCUCAAGAAGGAGAUGCUUUGGUGGCUGGAGGUGUCAGUCAAACACCUUCAUACUUAAGUAACAAGAGUGAAACUGAAGUCAAAGAAAUCUUUCGGAAGCAGUUAGAAGUUUUUACCAAAAAGAAUGUGGACUUCCUAAUUGCAGAGUAUUUUGAACAUGUUGAAGAAGCUGCAUGGGCAGUUGAAACCUUAAGGGAAUCUGGGCUGCCAGUUGCUGCUACUAUGUGCAUUGGUCCAGAAGGAGAUAUGCAUGGUAUACCACCUGGAGAAUGUGCAGUUCAACUUGUAAAGGCUGGUGCUUCUAUUGUUGGUGUAAACUGCCAUUUUGACCCAGAAACCUGCCUUAAAACUGUGAAACUGAUGAAGGAGGGCUUAGCAGCUGCUAAACUCAAAGCGCACCUGAUGUCACAGCCUCUUGCUUUUCAUACACCUGACUGUGGGAAGCAGGGUUUCAUUGAUCUACCAGAAUUCCCCUUUGCUUUGGAGCCAAGAAUUCUUACCAGAUGGGAUGCCCACAGAUAUGCAAGAGAGGCCUAUAAUUUAGGGAUAAAAUACAUUGGAGGGUGCUGUGGAUUUGAGCCAUAUCAUAUCAGAGCAAUUGCUGAGGAGCUGGCCCCUGAAAGAGGAUUUCUACCACAAGCUUCUGAAAAACAUGGUAGCUGGGGGAAUGGUUUGAGCAUGCAUACCAAACCAUGGAUCAGAGCAAGGGCUAGGAAGGAAUACUGGGAGAAUCUGUUGCCUGCUUCAGGCCGCCCAUAUUGUCCUUCACAGUCAAAGCCAGAUGCCUGGGGAGUAACUAAAGGAGAUGCUGAGCUUAUGCAACAGAAGGAAGCAACAAGUGAACAACAACUGAAAGAGCUCUUCAAGAAACCGAAAUUCAAAUCCAGCGUUGUAGCCUAAAUGUCUAACAACUUCAUAUGUGCUAAAACAAUUACCUUAAUCUAUAACUGACAUUAAGAUGAACAAAAUACAGGCAGCAUUUGUUAAUUACAGGUGUAAAGUAUAAUAAACCUCAGCUAUAAAAGCUUUCUUUACAAAAAACCCUCUUAGCCAAACUGUUGCUUGGAAAAUGAAGAGUUGUUAGAGGCAUCUGCACCAUAUACUGCAAAUGUUAUGUAACUCCAACUUGCUAACAAUACACGUUAUUCUGAGAGAAUUUUCAUCUUUCAAUCCUGUUGAAAUCAUUGGGAACUAAGCACACUUAAGUGUUCAGUAGGCCAAAUCCAAGCAUACCUACUGAAAAGUAACUACAUUCAGUAGAACUUACUACUUAAGUAGGACUUAAGUACAAAUUCCUAAUAACUUAUUCUUAAGAAUGGAAGCAAAACCUCACUAUUUUUUGUAGGACAACUAUGCUAUAACUUGUGCAUAUUCCCUUGUGUCAAUGAAACAAUACUUAGGAGUUUCAUUACUACAGCACCCCACUUUAUUAAAACAACAACAACAACAAAAACAGCUGUAGAGCAUGGGGUCAUUACUAACCCUUUGCAAAUUUCCCAGUGUGAAUUGAGUGCCCCCUACUGAAGCUAUUUGCCUUGGAGGUGAAAAUAUGACACUCAUACAUAUUGAUGACUCUGUACCAAUGGUAACUUGAGGGGAGCAGGAUUUGGACUAUGGAACUAAGGUGGGGUUAUAGGAUUAACUGCCUCUCUUCCAUACCACAGGCCCAGUUCAGUUUUGGGGGCUCAUGUGGCUGCUUUUUUGAAAAAGAUAAAUGUGAGGAGUUCAAAUUGCAGAACUCCCACCUAAUAUCCAAUUUGACUAUUGAGGUGUUCUCUCUCUCUUUUCAAAAACAGAACACUGGACAGUAAGAGGUGUGAGUGCUGAUUUGGAGAAGAAAUCUUCUGCUCAGAAUAAACAGUUUAAAAAAUCUCACUACAAUUGUACAACAUUAAAGUGGACAUCCAAUUUCAGUAUUUUCUUUCCAUAUAAGAAACAAAUCAUUUUUCAAACAGUUCUGUUGGUUAGUCUUUCAGGCUUGAGAUGCCCUUGUGGUCCAUAAAUGCAUAUUAGUUUUGUUUUUUUUAGUGCAAAUACUUAAAAGGAACUUUCUAAAUAAAAGAUAAGUAAACUCAAAGAUCUUAACAGUGUCCAACUUAGAAACAAAGAAUAGUGUAAAGGAGAUACAGUGAAACUUUCCUUUACCAUUACAAAUUAUAUAGAAGCCUUAAGUGAAGCAUAGUCUGAACAUUAUUCUUGAGCUAUACAGCUUGUCUGACUAUAGGUAUACAAACAGAUCUACUUCUAAAUAUACAAUCUGUGGAAGCCAGUAGGAGUAAUUUUGCCACUCAGGAUCAGCCGUCCAUUCCAAUGUACUUCCUUGGUGUACCAGACCAAGUAGCUGAGACUAUUCUCAUAAGGUCUAGCUCAUAAAAUGCAGGCUUUGGUAUCAGCUCUGAAAACUGGAGUUCUCCAUUGCCCUGUGGAACCAAGGUCUCAUCUUAAAAUCUUUAUAUUUUAAAAUGCUCUUGUUUGUAGCUAAACAUAUAGACAGAUAUCUGGUUAAUAUUGUGCAGAAGCUCAAUGUAUGUCUUUAGUGGUCUUCCUAACUAAGAGCAAUGUUCUGUAUUAAUACCAAUAAAGACUUGCAAAUUCUCAAUGUC